UAGCGUGGUGCAGGGUAAUGUAGGCCGUUUCAGUAAACAGGAGGCUGGUUGUGAGAUGGGUGAAGAUGCUGCAGCUAGUCAGAAAUCGUUGUUAUAAUCAUGUUCAGUCAGCAAAGGCUGAGUUUUAGUGUAUUUGGGGUUUUGAAGCCACGGGAAAGCUCGGUUUAAGCGGCUGACAUGUUUAAGUAAGAGCGGGGAGAGUGAAUCAGCGCGGCGGGACUCUGAGCUCUGAGCUCCGGCCUGUCUGGAGCUGCUGCCGCUGAGAGCGUAAGGGUUUAGCUGGAGUUAGCUGUUAUGCUAGUCUGAGCAGCAGCUUACAGACUAACAGUUAAUAUAAUGAUGAGCGAAAACUGCGGUAAAUUAAACAGCUCGGCUGUGGGGUUCUUAUCUUUUACAUGCUGAUGAAUAUCAGAGAGCUGUCAAAAUGAAUCUGAAAAAAUCCAGGAGCGCUGGAGCCUCUUCUCCAUUGAAUGGGAUCGGAAAACAAGAUGCGGAGUCGAGGAGAAAAAGAAAGAUGGUGGAGAUCACUCAGGCUCUCAGUAUGACUCCGGUUGAUGUGGCUGCAUUGAGGCGGAUGGCCAUCAGUGAAGGAGGGUUGCUAACCGACGAGAUCCGAUGCCAGGUCUGGCCACGUCUACUUAAUGUGCCCGUUGAGUGCAUACCUGAAAAACUUGAUAAAGUGGAGAGAGAGAACAAUAAAGACUAUAACCAAGUGCUCUUGGACGUGCAGAGAUCUCUGAGACGCUUUCCUCCAGGAAUGCCAGAUGAGCAGAGGGAGGGUCUACAGGAGGAGUUGAUUGACAUCAUUCUGUGGGUGCUGCAGAAGAACCCCCAACUGCACUAUUACCAGGGGUACCAUGACAUUGUGGUCACAUUCCUGCUGGUCCUGGGUGAGCGCCUUGCCACUGCCCUGGUGGAGAAGCUCUCCACACAUCAUCUCAGGGACUUUAUGGACCCCACCAUGGACAACACAAAACACAUACUCAACUACCUGAUGCCAAUUAUAGAGCGGGUCAACCCAGAGGUGUACGAUUUCAUGCAGCAAGCAGAGGUUGGCACCAUUUUCGCCCUGAGCUGGCUCAUCACCUGGUUUGGACACGUGCUGUCAGACUUUCGGCACGUAGUGCGGUUGUACGAUUUCUUCCUGGCCUGCCAUCCUUUAAUGCCAAUUUAUUUUGCUGCUGUGAUUGUGCUGUACCGGGAGGAGGAGGUGCUGGACUGUGAGUGUGAUAUGGCCAUGAUGCACCACCUGCUGUCCCAGAUCCCUCAGGACCUGCCCUAUGAAACGCUCAUCAGCCGGGCUGGAGACCUCUUUGUCCAGUUCCCCCCGUCCGAGCUGGCCAAGGAAGCUACUCAGCAGCGCAGUCAGCAAACCGCCGCCUCUACCUUUAAAGACUUUGAGCUGGUCUCGGCUCAGCAGCGGCCGGACACGGUGCUCCGGCGGAGGAGGAAAGAGCAGCAGCAGGCGGCGCCGGUGGAGACUCGUACUGGCACCCUAGCUGUAGUCCGGCCCACCGCCCGCCGCUUCGUCAGACUGGCCGUCAUGGGCCUGACCGUGGCCUUGGGAGCUGCCGCCCUGGCUGUGGUAAACUCUGCUCUGGAAUGGGCGCCUAAACUCGACCUCCUUUUCCCUUAACUAAGAGGUGGGGCCAAACAAACUGAAUGACCCCUCCCUGCGGACUGUAGGAAGGUUUAAAAAAGAUGAUUCUGUGUCUUUAUCUUUAAUUUCCUUCUCUUCUAGUUUUUAUUUAUACUUGUUAAGACAAUAACACUAAUAACUGUCCUGCUACGAGAGAUUACAUCUGAUCCCCUGAAGAGUUUAACCUGAACUGCUGAGACCAGAGGAGUCGAGAGGUGUUGGGUCGCUUUGAUAUUCAGGGGUUUACAUGUCCUGACUGGACAUCCUUCGUGCCCAGAUCUAAUAAAGACCCAAAAUGUGUCCCCUGUAUCCUUUUAAUAAUUCUGAGACCAAAAAUCUUUUGUUGAAAUCCCAAUUUUUGUAUUGUUAGCACUUCAUUUUAUGGUUUUAUAAGUGUAUUCGGGUACCUCUCUGAUAAACACAGCCCAUUCUUUUCUAAAUGUGCUUCUGAAAAUGACCAUAAAACGAUACAAUCAAGAAAAUAAAAUCAUAGAAAUAAUAAGGGUUCUUUUUAAAUGAACAUCAAACAUUUGUAUGUUAUUUGUUUGAAAAGGCAACAAGAAGCUGAGUGCUUUUGAUGUAUUUUGUGAGGUAUAGAUAUAUUAAUUUAUCCUCAUUGCCCACUGAUAUUUUUUUCAGAUUGCAAAAUACAGAUUACCAUGCAGAAUUACCAUCAGAAUAAAAACCUUAAUGGUUUAUCCAGUUCAUUUUGUUGCUGUCCCACAAAAACAUAAGUGUCCUCUACAGAAGGUAAAAUAGAGGAUUCUAAUAAGUAUGCAAAGAAAUGGAAAAAGUUUAGCUGAAAUGAGGUUACUGAAUACCAAAUGAUUUUUCUUUUCUCAGUUUUCUUUGUAUUUGUAUUUGUAUUUGUAUUUUUGUCUCUUUUCAAAGCAUCAACAUCAUUAUUCAGCAUAAAUUAUGCAGUCUUUUUAAAAACAAAUUUACAUUUUAGGAGAAAUAAUUUUGAUUGCCUAAUAAUAAGUACAUCACUGGAAUUUACUUCAAAUAAUUAAAGAUAUUUAGGUAUAAGUAUUUGUCCAUUUAUCAUAUCUCUUUUCCCUCCCUUUUAUUCCUCACUGUUAGCAAACUGUAGGACUAUGUUCACAUUGCAAGCCUCAUUAAUCAAUUCUGAUCUUGACGGUCAUCUUAAUAAAUGUAAGUGUUCUGUCUGCAUCUUUCUGUAAUGUGAACAAACCUGUGCCUGAAACAGUUCACAUGCACAAUGAUGCAUUUAGGCACAUUGCCACGUGCUGCCAGUGUUGUGCCAAAUUCUGAUUCCCUACCUCAAUCCAACUCCCCUUAAGCAAUGUUUUAUUUGUUGUGGAGGGAAAAUGUAAUAUUAAGUCACUAAAUAGGAUAUAAAGUAGUUAAUAAAUAAAAGAUACUCGCAUGCAGUGAACAUGGAUUAUUGUGGCGAGAGGAAAUUUGGCACAGCACCGGUGCUGGUGGAUGACAGGAUACAUAGAAAUCUGAUCUGACUGUUCACAUUCAUGUCUUAUGUCCACAAAUCGGAUACAUAUAGAAUUAAGGACUAAAUAUGAAAUUCUAAAUAUGACUCUAAUUGGGGUCAGAUUUGAAUCACUUCAGUCUGGAAAUGUGAACGCAGUGAAGUGAAGGUUAAGCAUCGAGGCCUUGAUGAAUUGAUUCUGAUGUUUGAAUUUCUGUGUCGACAAUAAAAUGUGGACUGGCUUUAGUUCCUUAAUGACAUGGUUGUACAAAACCCAUGUAAUAUAAUGGUGCAUAUAAAUACUCUGGUUUGUUUUUAUGUUUUUUUUUUUGGGCGAUAUUAAAUCAAAAUAAUUUUAUUUUCAGUGAUCAUUUUUUGUAAACAUUUUUGCAUUCUUUUUCUUGUCAGUUUAAAAAUGCUUGGUAUUACGCAUUCACAAUUUGUAUGUAAUCCAUAUAUUGAGUUCAGCAUCACACUGGUAUUCAUAGUGUUUAUUAAGUUAUUAAUAUAUUUUUGUUAACGUUUUAUUUGCACUGAAAUAUUUUCAUGUCUGCUGGUUGCACUUUGAGCGAUUGUGCUUGAAUUGUCUCUGACCUGCUAGUCAUUUCAGCAAAUGUCAUUUAUUAAGCUGCAGAAUAUGUUCAAAAAAAUAAAUAAAACCUCUAAGAAAUGAA